UGGUUCUUCUCUGCAGCUGCACCUCCUCACCAAACCGGAGAGCUGUGUCAAGGUUUUAAGACAAUGAUGGAGACAAUAACAGCUCCACCCUUUGAUCACAUGAAUACGACAGAUAUAUUCGGUGGGAAUGGAUCCAUGUACGAUGACGAGUACGACUACAAAGACGAACACUUUGAGCUGAGACAGUCCCUGAACAUCAUGUCUCUCAUUGUUUACUCUCUGGCUUUUGUUCUCGGGGUCCUUGGAAAUGGAGUGGUCAUCUGGGUGACAGGGUUCAAGAUGAAGAAAACAGUUAACACAGUUUGGUUCCUCAACCUCGCUGUGGCCGACUUCCUCUUCACCGCUUUCCUUCCCCUGAGUGUCACAUACACGGCGAUGUCUUUUCACUGGCCUUUUGGCAAAUUCAUGUGCAAACUAAACAGCACUGUGAGCUUUCUGAACAUGUUUGCCAGUGUUUACAUCCUGGUGGUCAUCAGUGUGGACAGAUGUGUGUCUGUUGUGUGGCCAGUCUGGGCUCAGAACCACCGAAGUGUGCGGAAAGCGUCUUGUGUGAGCCUAGGUGUUUGGGUUCUGGCUCUGAUCCUCAGUGCUCCGUACUUCAUCUUCAGGGACACUGCACUGUCAUAUCACAAUAAAGACAUCAUCAACUGUUUCAAUAACUUUGCCUUUUCUGACGACUACGAAACUCAGUCUGUGAAUCAGUUGCGUCAGUUUCGUCAUCGGGCUAUGACUAUUACUCGCUUCCUUCUGGGAUUUGUGAUCCCCUUCACAGUCAUCGUCUCCUGUUACGCUGUAAUAAUCCAUCGUCUCAGGAGGAACCGCAGCCUGUCCAGUCACUCCAGUCGCCCUUUUAAGAUCAUCGCUGCUGUGAUCACCAUUUUCUUCCUGUGCUGGGCUCCGUAUCAUGUCAUGGCUCUUAUUGAGAUGGUUAAUCAUAUGGCUUCUGAGGCCAGUGAAACAUUAGACCAUGUCACCACUAUUGGAGUACCAAUAGCCACCAGCCUCGCCUUUCUCAACAGCUGCCUCAACCCUCUGCUGUACGUGUUCAUGGGCCAGGAUUUUAAGGAUAAAGUCCGCAGAUCCAUCCUGAAUGUCUUGGAGAGUGCCUUCCAAGAAGAGGUGUCCCGGUCUUACACCUACACAAACUCAAUGGCCAUCAGUCGGAGCAAAGACAAGUCUUACUCUGAUGCUGAAGUUUAAAGCCAUUCUUCAAAUGAAUAUUGUAUCUGUACAGGGCAAUUAUUUGUUUUCACAUAAAUGUAUAUAGAAUCUUUUCUGAAUAUAAUUUUUUUAAAUACAUGGCCCCUAAUGUGACAUUUUAUGUUUGCAUGCUUUCUGAUGUUCACCUUUUUGCAGUUUGAUUGAUAAAAUGUGAUAGUUCAAUGGAAAUCAACAGUUAUCUAAUUUUCUAACUGGUCUUGCCCCUUUAAUAAACUUAAUUAAAAUCUGAGAUAAGUGAUUGGUAGUGCUGGAAAAGUGGAAUUUUCCAAAGAAUUCCUGCCAACUCUGGAGAAUGUGACUACAUUUAUCUUGUGGCUAAAAGUCAUAUGUUGUACUGUAGAGAUGUAGUUUGGGCUGCACAAUCACUCACACAGCAACACCAGUCGUCUGUACUGUACAGACCAUAGAGGAAAUGUAAUCUGCUAUUUUGUGGUCAAGAGAAACCAGACAAACAUUCAAAAUAGAUAUUGCAAUAUUUUGUGGUGAAAUGUGCACAAGACAAGUGCCAGUACGCACACCCUAAAAACCCCCAAAAGUUUCCUUUAAAAGUUUCCUUUGUCAACAAAAAGAUGCAGACAAAACAUCUUUUGGUUCUGUCUACAUAUGAAACCAAGUAUAACCACAAGUGCACGAACUGUCUGACAACACCCGACAUUAUUUUAAAACUAUGUGACCCAGACUCAUGUUCCAAUGUAUGCACAAAAAAAUUGUAACCCAAGACAACCAUUACUUGGCUGAUUUGGAACCAUAAGUGCAGAGGAAAUAUCUCGGUUAACAUUUACGAUGUACUAUGUGUAGUAUAACUUACCUGUUGUUUAUCAGCCUAAAUUAAAUUAAAUAUUGUGCAUGUAUAUUAUAGUUAUUAUGUGUUUAUUACACUCCUAUAAAGUCGUAGUGCCAUUGUUUAUUUGGCUUCCAGGUCUGACCUGAUGUACUUUUUUCUUUUUUCUUUUGCUUUGUUUUUAAUCCCCAUAUCCAGAUGCACAUCUAAUGCCAAAAUCCAAGGCAUUUACAUACAUUCUUUAUAUUGUACAUAGCUGCUUAUUUUAUAAACCUCAACAGAUUUUUCAGUAUUUUUGAAGAGAAGAAAAAAAAAAACCCUCAGAAAUCAAUUGUUAUAUUUACCUAAGCUAGUUAUGUCAACCUGUACCAUAAAACUUGGUUGAUUAAGCAGAAAACAGAAUAUGCAAUUAAGUGUUCAGAGUUAAAUUAGA